CGCACUUCACAAACCCAACAUCAGCAGCUUUGAACUUCGCCGCUCUCGGCCUGACAAUUCACUAGUUUGGGCGCUUCAUUUUCCGUCCAGGUGCCGUGACUCACUGGGCACCUUCGAGGGAGCAGCACGGAGGGAGAGAAGGAGAGAGAGAGAGAGAGAACGAAAUGAACAAAUCUGAGUGUAACAAGAGUUAGUAAGUCAAACAUCGAAGUUCACUGACGAACUCAGACCUUUUGCGAUCUCCGAAUCAGCGUGGCUUUGAAAAGAACCAGCCAAACAAGGAAGAAGAUACCUUUGUUCCAUCACGGGGCCACUGCAAUGAUUUGUUGAAGACUUUUGUGAUUUUUGUGUGUCUAUAGACACCUAUUUUGGGCCUCGCUUCCUUUCUGACAGGUGAGAGCUGGUCUGUCGCUUUGAAUUCGGGACUGCUCACUUUCCAAAAACAAAACAGCCCCCCUCCACCCCACCCCCCCACCCCCUCCCUAAACGCCAGCAUGUCCAAACCAGCCGACCACAUUAAGAGGCCGAUGAACGCGUUCAUGGUCUGGUCCCGAGGCCAGAGGAGAAAGAUGGCCCAGGACAAUCCGAAAAUGCACAACUCGGAGAUCAGCAAGAGGCUGGGGGCCGAGUGGAAGCUACUCUCCGAGGCGGAGAAGCGACCGUACAUCGACGAAGCCAAGAGGCUCAGGGCUCAGCACAUGAAGGAGCACCCAGAUUACAAGUACCGGCCCCGGCGCAAGCCCAAGAACUUGCUGAAGAAGGACAGGUACGUCUUCCCGCUGCCUUACCUGGGCGACGGCGACCACCUGAAAGCCGCGGGACUCUCCAUGUCCGCCGCCGACUCGCUCCUGGGCGCCUCGGACAAAGCCAGAACCUUCCUGCCGCCCACCUCGGCGCCUUACUCGCUGCUCGACCCCAGCCAGUUCGGUUCCAGCGCCAUCCAGAAGAUGACAGACGUCCCUCACAGCCUGGCCACCACCUUGCCCUACGCGUCCAGCCUGGGUUACCAAAGCGGAGCGUUCGGGAGCUUGAGCUGUCCUAGUCAGCACACGCACACCCACCCCUCGCCGACCAACCCCGGCUACGUGGUCCCCUGUAACUGUACCGCCUGGUCCGCCUCCACUUUGCAACCUCCCGUGGCUUACAUACUCUUCCCAGGAAUGACCAAAGGCGGCAUUGACCCUUAUACCUCGGCGCAUGCAGCUGCCAUAUAAAACCUGCAGCAAAACAAGCGAUUAGAUAGACGCACAUAACACACGACAGAGCAAAAAACGAACAAACAAAACACACACCUAAAAAGACUUAUCUUGCGAACUGGAAUUUUACAUUGCAUGUACAACACAAACACAAUCAGAAGAAGAAGAAAUAUAUUAUAUAUAUAUGUAUAUGUGUACAAAGAGACAUUCGAAACACCGAGGCUGGAAGGGGAGACCGCCGGAACAGUAAAUUGCUCAGAUCUGGGACUGAAUUGUUUCAGAGAAUAAACAAAACAGGACAUGAUUUCCCCUGGUUCCGGGCGUACUUGCAAUGUGCACAGCCGAGAGAAAGGCUCCGGUCUUUUAAAACAAAAGCAAGCGCGAACAAACCUGCUUUUGGUGUGAUACCUGACAUUGCAUGUACAGCGAACGCUCCUACAAAACGGAACUUUUUUUUUCUCCCCAUUUUGUCUUAUAAGUCUGACUGCGGACUCUAAAGUAAGGCAACUUUGCGACUGGAUUCUGAAUCCUGCCUGGGCACCUGCGCGACUUAACGGCGGAUGAGCGACUGUGUUGAAUUGUAGAUGUUUCUGUUCGAAACAGCUGCCACUUUUUUGUGAAAAAAGUAGCAGUGCCGGUUUUAUUUAUUAUCAUGUAUAGUGGACUAUAAUACCACGUGUUUUUUUUGGGUUUAGAACUGAAUUAUUUCAACGUCUUCAUAUUUCCUUUUGCACAUCCGAAAUGAGACUUGUGUUAAAACGUUGCCACUUAGUAAUAAGUAAACUGUCUGCCAAUUUCUACAGGAAUUGAAAUCCCUUUUUAACCAUGUUAUUGGAAGUGAGGACAGACUUGCCUUAUUAAAGGUAGCUCUCACAUUUUUUUUUCAUUUCUCGGGGGGGGGGGGGGGGGGUGAUGCCAGUCCUAUCCCCUCUCUCCAACUCCCCAGUCACCCGGUUUUUAAUUUUCGACCGAAUUUGAGACGUGAAAUCGCUACUUCUAGCUAUUCUGUUCAGAAAUGCAGAUUUAAAUAUGUUUCAAAGGGGGAAAAAAAAUGAUGUCUCGAAAACAAGUUGUAUUCAGAAGGAUUUUACCUCGUACUCUGUUCAAUUGUUGAACAAAGGUCAUGUUUUAAAUAAAGACAAGAUGUCUACACACACAAAACAAAA